UUCUUCUGCUUGAAAAAGGGUUCCAACAAGUUCUUUUGGCAAGUUGUUCCCAUUGAGUUUGAAGUUGCUCGAUUUUGUGGACAACCUGGCACUUUUGGUGUUUGAAGAAAGGCUGCAAUAAGUUUCUCAAGUGUAGAUAUUUGUGUUUAAAGGUUAUAAAGUAUAUUGCAGUUUUAGUAGGAGAGUGAUGGCAUGUGUUGUUACUUGCCCGGUAUGGCAUUGUUUUGGGAUAAAUAAGAAGCCUCGUUUUAGAGUGAGAGCUGAGAGAUUAGAUGGUAACGAUUUGUCAGUAGUGUCAACUGAUGGGGUCUCCGUCAAGGAAACAACAGUUCCUGUAGUAGUGGGAAGAGGGUAUUUGGUUGAUGGUGGGAAUGGGAGUUUAAAGUCUAGAAUUGAGAAAAAAAUGGGUGGUGAAGAGUUGGAACUAUUGUGGGAUGAUGGUUAUGGAACUAAUACUGUGAAAGAUUAUGUGGAUGCUACAAAGGACAUGAUCAAACCUGAUGGUGGACCACCAAGGUGGUUUUGCCCUGUUGAAUGUGGCCGUCCUAUUAAAGAUUCUCCUCUUCUUCUGUUUUUACCUGGGCUUGAUGGUGUUGGGAUGGGCCUCAUUUUGCACCAUAAACCUCUUGGAAAGGUUUUUGAGGUUCAAUGCCUUCAUAUUCCAGUCCAUGAUCGAACACCAUUUGAAGGACUGGUGACACUAGUUGAAGAAACUGUUAGACUUGAGCAUGCUUCACGUCUGAAUUGUCCAAUCUAUUUAGUGGGAGAUUCCCUUGGAGGAUGCUUAGCCCUUGCUGUUGCUGCUCGUAAUCCCAGUAUUGACUUGGUGAUGAUAUUAGUAAAUCCAGCUACAUCACUAGGCAGGUCUCGACUGCAACCAUUUCUCCCUAUACUGGAAGCUUUCCCUGAUGGACUACACGUUAGAACUAUCCCCUUUCUUUUGAGCCUUGUGAUUGGUGAACCAUUGAAAAUGGCAGAAGUAGGUGUUGAAGGUAGGCUUCUUCCCAAACAGAAAUUUGAGCGAAUUUCUAGCAACCUCACUGCUUUGCUUCCGUUUUAUUCUGGUUUGGCUGAUAUUUUACCAACGGAGACUCUCAUUUGGAAGUUGAAGUUGAUUAAAUCAGCUUCUGCUUAUACUAAUUCACGUCUCCAUGCUGUUAAAGCUGAAGUACUAGUGCUUGCGAGUGACAAGGAUCAUCUAUUUCCUAGUGGAGAAGAAGCACUUCGUCUUAAGAAAUUAUUACCAAAUUGCAUGAUUCGUAUCUUCAAGGACAAUGGCCAUACCCUUUUAAUGGAAGACAGCAUGAAUUUAUUGACUGUCAUUAAAGGUACCUGCAAAUACCGGCGCUCCAAAAGUCAUGAUUUUACCAAAGAUUUUCUGCCUCCCAGCAUGUCUGAAUACAGAUAUACAUUCAAUAAUGUAUUUGGUUUCUUAAAUUUUGCUUCAUGUUCUUCAUUGUUUUCGACCAUGGAAAACGGGAAGAUAGUCAAAGGACUUGCGGGGGUUCCAGAUGAGGGUCCAGUGUUAUUAGUAGGUAACCAUAUGUUAAUGGGGAUGGACCUUAGCUCUCUGUGUGAAGCAUUCUUAAGAGAAAAGAAGAUCCUGGUCCGUGGAGUGGCCCACCCAGAGUUGUUUUGGGGAAAUUUUCACACAUCAUCCAAUGUUUUUAAUUUUUUUGAUUUAAUGAAAGUGAUGGGAGCAAUGCCUGUCUCACCAAAAUCACUUUUGAAAGCUUUAUCUACAAAUUCCCAUGUUCUUCUUUAUCCUGGUGGUGCUCGUGAGGCCCUCCAUCGUAAGGGCGAAGCAUACAAAUUAUUUUGGCCUAAUCAACCAGAAUUUGUGAGAUUCGCAGCACAAUUUGGGGCCACCAUUGUACCAUUCGGGGCUGUAGGAGAAGAUGAUAUGGCAAAAGUUGUCUUUGAUUACUAUGACUAUAUGAAAAUCCCUAUGCUUAAUGAUAGAAUCAAAGAAGUCAUUCGGAGUGGUGGUGUACAAAUAAGGGAUAAAGCAAAGGGAGAGGUGGCUAGCCAAGAGAUAUUCAUACCGGGAAUGAUACCGAAAAUUCCGGGUCGAUUUUACUAUCUGUUCGGGAAACCGAUAAAGCUGAAAGGAAGGGAAGAUUUGGUGGAGAAUAGAGAAUCUGCAAAUGAAGUAUAUUUGCAGGCAAAAGCUGAAGUUGAACGCUGUAUUGGUUACUUGUUAAAGAAGCGAGAAGAAGACCCUUUUAGAAGUAUCAUUAAUAGACUAAUCUAUAGAACUUUCCAUGCUCCUUUACACCAAGUUCCUUCUUUCAAGCCUUGAUAACCAAAAUAAAAAAUGGCACUGGAAUAUAUCCAUCUUUGAUUCUAUAAUUGUUAGAAGAAUAUAUCGUGGUUACGGUUUUUCGGUUUUUUCGAUCUCUUUUCUUCUUAUUGGUUCAUGAGUUGUUUUAGUACAUCUUAUGUUACUUGGCGGUUUUCUUUUUAUAUAUUUAUAUCGAAUACAAUUCGAAUAU